AUGCCUCCCAUUGGCAGCUACCAGCUCUCCCUGGCCGUCUACACAGUGACCUUUGUGACAGGCCUGCCCCUCAACCUGCUGGCCUUCUGCGCCUUCGUGGUGAAGGCCCGCCGGCGCCUGCUGCCCGCCGAUGUCCUGCUCCUCAACCUGACAGUGUCCGACCUUGUGCUGCUGGCCUUCCUGCCCAUCCGCAUCACUGAGGCCUCCUGGGAGAUGAAGUGGAAGAUGCCGGAUUUCCUCUGCCCCCUCUCCGGCCUCCUCUUCUUCAGCAGCAUCUACCUGACCACCCUCUCGCUCACAGGCGUCAGCGUUGACCGCUACCUCAGCAUGGCCUUCCCCCUCCGUUACAAGACAGGGCGCCGGCCGGCCUAUGCCGUGGCAGCCGUGGCCUUGUUCUGGGUGGCUGCUUUCUCCCACUGCAGUGUGAUCUACGUGGUCCAGUACCAGGCCAAGGGCAACGACACAGUGGGCAACCUCACCCGCUGCUACGCUACCUUCACCGACCACCAGCUGGCUGUCCUGCUGCCCGUCCGCCUGGAGAUGUUCCUGGUCCUCUUCUGCCUUCCGCUGGGAAUCACCGCCUUCUGCUACGCCAGAUUCAUCGCCAUCAUACGCUCCCUGCCACUGGUGAGCCCCGGGAGGAAGCGCCGGGCCAUCGGGCUGGUGGCAGCCACGUUUCUCCACUUCCUGGUCUGCUUCACCCCCUUCAACAUCUCCCACGUGGUGGGCUUUGUGGAGAAUAAGAGCCCAGAAUGGAGAGUCUACGUCCUGCUCCUCAGCACUUUCAAUGCCAGCUUCGACCCCAUCAUCUUCUACUUCUCCUCCUCGUCUUUCCAGAAGAUCUGCCUGGAGUGUCUGCAGGCUGCCUGGGAGAAGCUGCAGCUCGGCUGGCUCUGCCCUGGGGUCUGGCCAGAGGCCCCGGAGAACGUGGCCAUGGCGGAGUCGCAGAUGGUGCAGUGAAAUGGAUGGAGUGGGGACCACAGUUCUACCUCCCCCAGGUCUAGGACUGAAGGCUGGGAAGCAAUAUUCCCAAAUAAGUGUUUGUCUACGCUUGCAAGUUAUUUCAGAUUUGGUGUUUCCACUUUAAUCAGGGAUAACUCUCCCAAAGCUAUGCGUGAACACUGGCUUCCCUUUUGAAUCAUUGCAUCCACACUGCCCCGCAGGCUGCAUGCUUACCAAAUAACCACACAGCCUUCCAGGAAAGCGCCUCUUGCUGCAACCUCCCGCCGCUUGCCUCUAUGCAUCCUGGGAUUUCGCGCAUUGUGGGAAGCCCCUGGAAUUCUGGGACCGACGGGUCCUCUGGCUUGGCUUUGGCAAGCCAGCCCCACUUCCACACCGCUGGCUAUCGGGCAGUGAUACAGGCUGAUGCACGCUUCUUGCCCAUCACAGAGCCAGAUGGCACUGGAGACAGCCACAACGAUACUGAUAGGAGAGGAAAUCAAGCAGCUGGUUGUGUCCAUGGACUCCGGGGAGCGACUUUGCUUGGUAGGGCACCACUUCUGGGCUCAGUCAACCAGCGCCAACUGGUGGGACAGGGCCACCCAUCCUGGGGUGAGCAGCAGUGGGGUGGUAAUACUUCUGGACGACAGGCCAGGCCCCUGGAGAUCUGCGCAGAGCUCACCCCCGAGCUGCAGGGGUGGAAUAGCUUCAUGAGAGCGCCCCUCAGCACGGAGAAGCGUGCGGCUGUCGCCAUCUGGAAAUUCGUCACCCACAAUUGCUGCUGGUCAGGACCUGGCCGUUCGGGGUUGGUAGAUGAAUCACCGGACUGUUGUCAUGGAGCCACGUGCUGCUACUAGGAGGGUGACGCUCAGGAGGUUGUUGGUGGAUGGGCACGCUGAGGGCUUCCGAAAUGGGGGCAUUGAUGGGACCCAUCUCCCUAUUCUUUGCUCCCCACGCCAGGCCUCGGAAUUCAUCAACAAGAUAGGGUUUCUCCAUGGUGCUCCAAGACCCGGCUGAUCUCCACGGCCGGCUCACCCGUACUGGGGUGGGCUGGACACAGGAGCUUAAGAAACUCAGCCCAGCUUCCUGCAAUGAGCAAAUGGACCCAGGGCCACCACAACCAGGAAGGGUGGUGUGACUCCUCCUGUUCUUCCAGGAGACCAGCUUCUCUACUCCCCCGGCUGAUGGGACCUCUCACUUGACAGUUGGACGGCAGAAAGGAGUCCACCCCGUUUAGCUGCAGCACGCCAGCGGGGUGCGUACCGGGAAGGUGGAAGUGUCUCGAAGCUGCUGAGCAAUAUCUGCCUCGUGUCACAGCCGCUUGGCCGUGUUUAGCACAACAGCUGAGGGCUUUGCCCGUGGCCCGUGGAACGUUAUGAGUGGCCCCAGAGCACCCUCUGCUCAGGGCCACACACGAGCAGAGUACGGGGCCAGGGGCCUUGGUCUUGGUCUCUCCCCUCCUCUCCCUGGGGCACAGGGUUUAGUCUAGUCCAACUGGAGUCUUUGGGCUUCUCUCGGGCGGACGGGAGGGGACCCUUACAAGGGAGACCAGGCCCAGCCCCACCGGCGACACGGCCAAUCUGCCUCCCGAGAUGUGGAGAGAAACCUCACCGAACGGGGACCUUUGCUCACGAGGAAUUUUAUGACCUUUGUGCAGUGUUCUGAGAUUUUUCCCAGCCGGCUCAUAAAGAAAUAAUAAACCCAGGUGUC